ACGCAGCUCCAAAGGUGGGUGUCGCCAUCUCUCGCCCACAGCCUCGCCUGCUCUUUGGUCCAUACUCCGAUCUCCGAUGCACGCACCGUGAAGCGUGAACUUGAAGUAGCUCAGCUCCGAGCUCGCGCGCCGCCCCGCCCCGCCAUGAAGUCGUCGUCUCAGAGCCACAGCCCCAGGACCCCGUCGCCGCGCGCUCGCGGCACGGCGGCGGCCCCCGGCGCCGACCACGCGCGCUCCUCCUCGGAGCCAUGGGUUCUCGCAUGCGUGGACGACACGUGCGUCAACGACGUGGAGAGCUUCGCGCGCACCGUCGCCGCCGUGAAGUCCAAGCCCCGCCCCGACCUGCUCCCGAGCGUGCUGUCCCACUACGCCGCCAAGUGGCUCCCGGACGUGGCCACGUACGCCUCGGGCCGCUUCCUGCCCCCGGAGAGCCCCACCGCCACGUGGCUCAAGAAGCGUCUACUCCUGGAGACCCUCGUCGCCGCGCUCCCGCCGGACCCGCCCAGCGGCGCGGCCGCCGACGACGGCAUCACGUGCGACUUCCUGCUCAAGCUGGUCCGGGCGGGGAGCAUGGUGGGCGCGGACGCGGCACUGCUGCGGGAGCUCGAGUCCCGCGCGGCGCGGCGGCUUGACCAGGCGACGCUGGCGGCCGUGAUGAUACCGACGUUCGGGCACGCGCCGGGCGGGUCGACGCUGCUGGACGUGCGGCUGGUGCGCGAGUUCCUCAAGGAGGGCGGCAAGGGCACUCGUGGUUUGUAUGGAUUGUGGCACGCGCAUCCGGGCGCCGCGAAAGAGGAGAGCAAGUCGCUGUGGAGGCUGAUCGACGCGUGGAAGCUGUCGGUGGAGGGGGCGGCGCACGCCGUCCAGAACUACUGA